AUGCGCACUUCUUUCUCGUACUCGGAGGACAAACAACUUCUAGGUCUUGCGCUUGCGUGUGAAUCUGCAGGCAAAAGCAUCGACUGGAAGAAGCUCGCCAACGGCAAGCUCCGCAAACACCCCCUUCCCCUUAAGGAGCUCGAGCAACGACUACGGGCGCUAAAGCGCAGUUAUGGAAACGGUUUGGCGCAAUUUCCUCCCAUCAUUCAGAUGAUCAGGCCUGUCAACAAAAAUGACAUUUUCCUCGAUGUGGGGGCCGAAUUGGGAAAUAUUGCGGCCACGUUUGCGAUCCAGACGAAGUCAGUCAGUGUCUUGGAAUCGAGAAAAGAGCUGAGGUUGCUCAUGCUGGCUUAA